UUGAAAGCUUAACUGUUGUACGGAGAAGGCGAAUCUUGUGAUCCAAACACAAACACGCUUUUAAAGCAUCCCGAUCCAAUUGAAGCGUUAAGUUAAUGUUUUCUCAUUUUGUUGUCUUGGACAAAAAAAGACCAUUACAUCAAAUUUUACCAGAUAUUUCCUGUUUGUAUUUCUUUCUCUCUUGAAAUUGUCUUGUUCGACAAAUAAAUCAUUUUUCUCCAGGACCAUGAAUUUUUCAAGGAUUGCGCGCUCUCUGUCGCGCUCAUCUCGAAAUUUAUCACAGGGUAAUGGGAGGUUGGGAACCCUUACAGGAAUACAACGGACGAAUACGUGUUCUGAUGGAGCGGAAUCGGUAUUAGGGUUUGUUAGGAGCUAUGUUUCUUCUGCCAGAGCUUCCAAUUACCGCAUCUUUUCUUAUUUGCCUGAUUUUAAAUCCGUUGCUGCGAACCCUAGGGUUCGCCGAUUGUUUUCCAGUGAAGCCCCGAAGAAAAAGAAUUAUGAAAAGUUUUAUCCCAAAGAGAAGAAGGAAGCUCCGAAGGAAGAUGGCAAAAAAUAUGAUUCUAAAGACAACUCAAAUGCAAACACAGAUGAACAUGGAAAUUUUCAGGAAACUUUCAUGAAGCAAGUUCAAAAUAUAAUCACCCCAUUAUUGGUUAUGGGGCUAUUUCUUUCAACCUUUUCUAAUGGUCCCCGUGAACAGCAGGAGAUUAGCUUUCAGGAAUUUAAAAAUAAGCUUUUAGAACCGGGAUUAGUAGACCAUAUUGUUGUCUCAAACAAAUCGGUUGCUAAAGUAUAUAUAAGGAACUCUCCUCGCAACCAAAUAGAUAGUGAAGUAGUCCAAGGGACCUUGCCUGCAAAGGAAUAUGGAGGUCAGUAUAAAUAUUAUUUUAAUAUUGGAAGUGUUGAGUCUUUUGAGGAGAAGCUACAGGAAGCGCAAGAAGCUCUUGGCAUUGACUCUCAUGAUUUUGUGCCCGUAACAUAUUCUGCUGAGAUGGUUUGGUACCAGGAAUUGAUGAGAUUUGCUCCAACACUCUUAUUGUUGGGAUCUCUCUUGUAUAUGGGAAGGAGAAUGCAAGGUGGAUUUGGUGUUGGUGGAGGUGGUGGUGGUAAGGGUGCUCGUGGAAUAUUCAACAUAGGGAAAGCCCCAGUUACAAAAGUAGACAAAAAUACUAAAAAUAAGAUCUAUUUUAAAGAUGUUGCUGGCUGCGAUGAGGCAAAACUUGAAAUUAUGGAGUUUGUCCAUUUCCUCAAGAAUCCAAAGAAAUAUGAAGAACUUGGUGCAAAAAUUCCAAAAGGUGCUCUCUUGGUGGGUCCUCCAGGAACAGGAAAAACACUUCUAGCAAAAGCAACUGCAGGAGAGUCUGGGGUGCCAUUUCUUUCUAUAUCUGGUUCUGAUUUCAUGGAAAUGUUUGUUGGUGUUGGAGCAUCAAGGGUGAGAAACUUGUUUCUAGAAGCAAGGCAGUGUGCUCCGAGUAUAAUAUUUAUUGACGAGAUUGAUGCAAUUGGUCGAGCAAGGGGACGUGGUGGUUUUUCUGGUUCAAAUGAUGAGCGUGAAAGCACGUUGAAUCAAUUGUUGGUGGAGAUGGAUGGUUUUGGAACCACUUCUGGGGUUGUUGUGUUGGCAGGAACAAAUAGGCCUGAUAUCUUAGAUAAAGCUCUUCUUAGACCGGGGCGAUUUGACCGCCAAAUAGCAAUUGACAAGCCUGAUAUUAAAGGGCGAGACCAGAUAUUUCAAAUCUACUUGAAGAAGAUCAAACUUGACCGUGAACCUUCAUAUUAUUCUCAGAGACUUGCAGCCCUUACUCCUGGAUUUGCUGGAGCAGACAUUGCCAAUGUCUGCAAUGAGGCGGCUCUGAUUGCUGCAAGGAGGGAGGUGACACAAGUCACAAUGGACCAUUUUGAGUCGGCCAUCGAUAGGAUCAUUGGUGGUUUGGAAAAGAAGAACAAGGUAAUAAGCAAGGUGGAAAGGCGUACUGUUGCUUUUCACGAAUCAGGCCAUGCUGUUGCAGGUUGGUUCUUGGAACACGCUGAGCCACUGUUAAAAGUAACCAUCGUUCCACGUGGCUCAGCAGCUCUUGGAUUUGCACAAUAUGUUCCAAGCGAAAACCUUCUCAUGACAAAGGAGCAGCUUUUUGAUAUGACUUGCAUGACACUUGGUGGUCGGGCUUCUGAGCAGGUUCUUAUAGGGAGAAUAUCAACAGGAGCACAAAAUGACUUGGAAAAGGUUACCAAAAUGACAUAUGCCCAAGUAGCAGUUUAUGGUUUCAGCGACAAAGUGGGUCUCCUUUCCUUCCCUUCAAGAGAGGACUCAUUUGAGAUGUCCAAACCAUACAGCAACAAAACUGCCGCAAUCAUUGAUAGCGAAGUGCGCGAUUGGGUGAACAAAGCAUACGAACGAACGGUACGGCUAAUCGAGGAACACAAGGAACAAGUUACUCAACUUGCUGAGUUGUUGCUUGAAAAAGAAGUACUUCACCAGGACGACUUGGUUCGAAUUUUAGGUGAGCGACCAUUUAAGGCCACUGAAGCCACUAAUUAUGAUAGAUUUAAGAAAGGCUUUGAAGAAGAAGAAGAUGAAAAGGUUGCAGAAAGUACCAUUGUAGAUGUGCCUCAGGAAGGUGGUGGAUCUUCUCCUUUAGAGCCUCAGGUUGUUCCCAGAUAGUUACCAAAUACAUUUUUCUUGUUGUACAUGACUGUUGCAAAACUUAUGGUAACUGCUAAAUAAACUCUUCCAUUUCAUUCCUACCAACUGAGAUGUAGAAUUCAUAUAUACAAAUCUGGCUGCACAAUAUUCUUUUUUUUUUUUGCA